UCCGCCCAGGGCACGCUCAGCCCUAGGGUAAGCCAAGGGCCCUGUCCAAGGCCUGAAGGGGUGAGAGGAGGUGAGGCAACCAUGCCAGGCGGUGGCCCCAGCGAGAGGAUGACCUGGCCAGGGCCGGCCCUGCCCCCGGCCGUCCCAACCCGCCCUUUCUCCUCAGCCGCGGCAUCCAUCCCGCCCCUCACCAGGACCCGCAGCCUCAUGGCCAUGUCCCUGCCUGGGAGCAGAAGGCCCUCCACUGGAUCUCGCAGCCGGGGGCUGUAUGGACGCAAUGGGCUGGCCGUGUUCUCUCAGUGCUCACCAUCCUCUGACACCCAGCUCGGGCCUCCACCUCUUCUUCCUGCCUCCAGGCGUACCUCACCCCCUGUCAGCAUGCGGGAUACCUACGGUACCUCCUCACUCAGCAGCAGCAGCAACUCUGGCUCCUAUAAGGGCAGUGACAGCAGCCCCACACCCAGGCGUUCGAUGAAGUACACCCUGUGUAGUGAUAAUCAUGGCAUCAAGCCUCCCACCCCAGAGCAGUACCUGACGCCCCUGCAGCAAAAGGAGGUCUGCAUCCGGCACCUGAGGGCUCGGCUCAAAGACACACAGGAUCGACUUCAGGACAGGGAUUCAGAGAUUGAUGACCUCAAGACCCAACUGUCUCGUAUGCAAGAAGACUGGAUUGAGGAAGAAUGCCACCGGGUCGAGGCCCAGCUGGCUCUCAAGGAGGCCCGCAAGGAGAUCCGGCAGCUCAAGCAGGUGAUUGACACAGUCAAGAACAAUCUCAUAGACAAAGACAAGGGCCUGCAAAAGUACUUUGUUGACAUCAACAUCCAGAACAAGAAGUUGGAGACCUUGCUGCACAGCAUGGAGGUGGCCCAGAAUGGGACCGUCAAAGAGGACGGGGCCGGGGGGUCUUCGGGGGGCUCUCCUGCCCGAUCCCUAACCCGAAGCUCCACCUACACCAAGCUGAGUGAUCAGGCCCCCGGGGACCGCAAUGCUGACCUUCAGAGCGCAUCCACGGAAGAGGUAGGGGACAGUGGCUUUGCAGCAGCCGACGACACUCUGAGCCGGACGGAACUGUUGGAGGCAAGCAGCCUGCUCUCUUCUGGAGUGGACUGUGGCCCAGAUGAAGGCUCCCUGCAGAGUUCCUUCACCUUGGGCUCCCGAUUUCCAACCAGCUCCACCUAUGAGAAGCUGCUGGGAGGCAGUGGUGGGGUUGUGGAGGCUGGUGUACAGGCCAGCUGCAUGCAAGAGCGGGCCAUCCAGACAGACUUUGUGCAUUACCAGCCUGACCUGGACACUAUCCUGGAGAAAGUGAUGAAGUCACAGGCCUGUGGGCUGGCCAGCCCUGGCCCUAGCCCAGCCUGGGCCCCAGCCCCAGACAUGGAGGACGGAGGGGCUAGCAUAGAAAUGCCCUCAGGCUUCCCAGGGCCCAUGGACCUGAUACCAGCUGACCCUAAUUCAGCAGUGGUGGUGACAGUAGGAGAGGAGCCCAUGGCGGCUCCAGUGACCCAAGGCCCUUCCCCACACGUGCCCAGCCUCAACCCAUCAGUGAGCAUCACCUGCCCUGUGGAUGAAGAGGCUGGUGAGGUAGCGCCCGAGCCUAAAAGCUACUGGAGCCGCCACUUCAUUGUGGAUCUCCUGGCAGUGGUGGUGCCCGCGGUGCCAACAGUGGCCUGGCUGUGCCGGUCCCAGCGGCGCCAAGGCCAGCCCAUAUACAAUAUCAGCUCCCUGCUUCGGGGAUGCUGCACUGUGGCCUUGCACUCCAUCCGCAAGAUUAGUUGCCGUUCUGUGAGCACCUCGGGGCCUGUGGGUACCGGGGGCAGCUCCCAGCUGUGACUGGCCUCCCACCCCCGGGAACCAGGCACAUCUUGGUCUGACCACUGAUUGUAGGUCUUUCUCUUUCCCUCUCUCUCACACACACACACUCACACUCACAUGUGCACGGAGUGUCAUCAUCUUUAUUUAGCUUUUCCAAAAUAGGGAGGCCAUAGUCUGGGUAAGCCAGGAUAGCCUGAGGAUGUCUGACGUUCUACAGGUGGCUGCUCCUCUGGCCUCUUGGGGCUGGAAGAGAGGGUUCUAUAGCAUGGGGUGAGAGGGGGACUGGGAUAGUGCCAGCUUCUAUCGUAGGAAGGAAGAUUCCCAUUGAAGAAAGAGGGCAAAGGCCUUCAUCUUCCAUUUUCCUUUCCACAGUGCCCAUCUUUCUCUGCUACCCCAACUCCUCCUGUCCAGUUGACAUUCUCCCUAGGCAAUUCUAUAGUUGCUUUUUUGAGUAAGCUGGCUGGUCCUCAAUGUUCAUGGGACUAUCCACUUAGUCCUUUCUCCCUUAACUGUUAGGUCAGUAUUAUUGCUUCCAGUGAGGGAAAUGACUCACCUAAGGUCAUAUGGCAUAGGGAUUGGAAUUGCUGAGGAAUGGGAACAUGUGGCUUUUGUCUCUUUGCCUUCAUGGGCAACCCAGGCUGGUUCUGGGAGUGAAUGAUGAGGGGAAAGGGAAGUAAUGACUGAAACUGCCCUGACAUUUCUUUGCUUCUGGUCACUGGGUAGGUGGGUGGGUUGGGGUGGAGGCAGAGCCAGGGAAAGAGAAAGGAGAAAAAUAAAUAGAGGGAGGGUCAACAGGAGAUGCGGGUCCUGGCUGGCUUUCCCUGAUGCACACACCACCUGUACUAAUUGGUAGGAUGGCUUCCUGAGCCUGUUCUCAGCUUUGAGGAUGGGAGGUGGCUCCCCCAGGGCCCAGGUCACCAUGGGAACAAAUUAUCCCUCCAUCUAACUAAUGUCCUGAACCCUUUCCUCCCUUGCCCUAAUGCUUCUGUAAGUUAACACAGGCAACGUCCGGACUGUCCUUCUGGGUAAGCAGCUGCUCUUGGGAGAUCUAGGGGAUGCCCUCCAUCUCACAAACUAUAUUGGAAGGUGCUAAGGGGUCCCCACAGGAACUGAGAAGCCAGUGGCACCCCCAAGCCAUUUUGAAAUCACUUUGCACUAUGUCCCCUUUGUGAUAACAAUAUUUUCUCAGGGGAGGUGGUUGGAUAAAGUUCUACCAAGAUGCCAGGCCCAUAGGAGUGGGAAGAAAGGGACUUGCUAUUAGCUGGCACUCCUCACUCUGGAGGUUGGGGGGGGGGGCGGGGUGAAAGCUUGUGUCCUAGGAUGGCCAAACCCCAGUGUGUCUGGCUGUAAAGGAAAGGGCAGGUGGAAGAGAAGGACCCCAACCCAUGCCUUUAUGCCUCUGGCUGAAAAUUCCUCAGUGCAGUAAGCCAGGGGUUAGGAUAAAGAAGCCAUGUUUUACCAGCCAGCCCUGCACUCGGAGCAUGUGGAUGGAGAAUUUGCCGAAGGGCAGAGUGGAGUGAGCACAAGGUGUUCACUAGCCAAGACCCUGCUGCAUUGCCCUCACUCAUACUCAUACACAUGUACACACUUACACACACAUAUGCACACACACAUGCUCCAGGUAGGGACCAUAGUCACCAACACCUCCCUAUCUCUGAGCACCAGCUGCUUCGGUGAAGAAGCUGACAUUGUUUUUCUUUUAAAAAUAGCCCACUCAUGUUCAGCCUCAUAAUUUAUUUUGUCUCCCAGCCCAGAAUGCUUGGAACACCUCUGGGGUGUUAGGAAAUGUCCCCUUGAUGCUCCAUUCUAUAGGCCUAUAAUUUUCUUUUUUAAGAUCCGAAGCCUAGUCUUUGAGGGCUAGGUCCCUGCACACAGCUUGGGCUGUCUGGCAGCUUGAAUCUGUUCACCACCUUUGCUUGAACUGGCUCCUCACGUGCCUGUCCAUGCCCUGUCUUCUCGGACUGGGGAGCUUCCUUCCGCAUGUGCCGAGGUAAACGGUUCCACUCUUUCCCCAGCUUAGCCAUGUGCCUCCCCAAUCCACAGAGGCAGGCAGGUGUUUCUACCCAUUGAUCCUCUCCAGUGGACCCUCUUCAGAGGCCCAAACCCGGGGUUAAUAUCUGAGUCAAGAUUACCUGGGAAGUAGGGGGAGAGAGACCUCCCUUUGGACACUGGAAUGGGAUAUGUCUCAAUCUGGCGAUGAGGGCACUGUUGAAACCUGAUCAAAAGUGAAAAGGCCACUCGUUCUAGGAUCUAAGUCUCAUGUGCAAUGUAUUUGUGGAUCUGUAUAAGCAUCUCAUUAGACUAUCCAAAGCUUUGCUGAGAAAAUAAAUGUAUGAUUAUAUUUGAAAAGAGAAAAUCUAUAUAUUUUUCAAAACCAGAACUUCACUGAGCUAUAAGGGCUCAGCUGCUGUCUCUUGCUAUCCUACAACUCCCUUAUCCCAUCCACAAGCUGUAGUAAAUGAUAGGGAUCUAACCUGAUCCCUUGUUGCCAAAUCAGCUCCGUUCCUUCCUCCCUAUAGGACUGUGACCUAGGAAGGCUUCAGCCUCUGGUGUUACCUUUGCAUGGAUGUACCCUGGGCCUGGGGAUGUGCCUGCUCUUAGCCGCCAGAGAGAGCCCUGUGGAUUUAACUCAACUUAGCUCGGGCAAACUCAGGUUUGUGGGAACUAUGUGAAAGCCCACGGAGAUUCCCAUCACCUGAGGUUUGUCUUUCAGGCCAGGAGAGAUUCCACAGGAAAGCUGUGAUGGUCUUGGUCUAAGAAUUUUUUUUGGGGGGGGAAUCUCCUCACCUUGAGGGAUCUGUGUGCCAUGCACUGGUGACCUAGGCUGGUGUCACCAUGUACAUUGCAGGCAGGUUGCAAGGUGGUAAAGAAGGUGGGUAGCCCCUUUACUAUCAACAUUUAUGUUGGGCAUCAGGAUAGGGCUGUAUUUUAUGACUAUAAAACCAGAAGCUGCCGUCCCAAUCUCCCUAUCUCCAGUCUGGGACCAUCUCGGCUCCCCAGAGAGGUAGCUGGGGGACCCAGGCACUUCCUGCUGAACUAAGGAAUUGACUGAAUUUGUCAGGGUCAGUGGGACCCUUUGCUAGCUCAGCAGGAGGUAGAAGACACUCCACCCAUCCCCCAAAGCGCACACACCUGCUUGUUUGCUAUGUGCCUAUGUGUUUGUGAGGUGUAACCUAAGACUAUGCAAUGAGUUCAGUGCUAUUUGCCCUGGGGUGAGAAUAGGGCAAAGAGAACUUCCUUGUUCAUGCAGUCACCAGCUCAGGGCUCAAGGCAGGUGGAUCAGUGAUUGUCACAGGCCCCAGACAUCAUCUGGAGCCUUCUGUUCUGACUAUGCAAGGGACACUGAGGGUCCUGGAAGGCGGUGCUCCACUUUCCAGGGGGAUGGGAAGACUGGGGCUCAAAUGGCCCUGUGCCCUGCCCCCACACCAGGAACUGUUGCUUUGUCUUAAGCUCCCUUCCCACCCUUUUACUUUCCAUGCUGUAAACUUUUAGGUGUCGCUCUGGGUUGAGCCCUGGGAAGAUGAGAGGCUCCAGGCCUGCCUCGAUGGCUUGCUCCAGCUUAAAGAGCAGUAACAUCCCUCACCCCCCUACUCCAUAACUCAGGAUUUUCUCUCCCACCUCUACCCCACAAACCUCUUCUAGGGGCCCUUGGCUCCCCAGUUAGUUGCCUGCAGUGAGCAGUCUGUCUCAGGAGCUGGGGUUGGCUCUAGCAGGAGCAACAUCUCCCCUAUGAUCAUAAUCCAGCUCUAGGCUGCUGUCCUGGGUCUCUUCUUUGCCAUUACCCAAAACCUGUAAGUUAGAGCCUCCUGCCAUCUUGAUGUGCAUCUGUGAUUGGUUGCUUUGCUUGCAAAGGUCUCCGGCUUCAAGAGUGGAAUUUAAGACAAUGUCUCCUAAGGGGAUAACUUAGCUUUUCACUAGAAUGCUCUUGUCUCCGACUGCGUACCCUGGCAUCGCAUCACAUUGGUCAGAGGGUGUGGAUUGGCUUUCUCUGCAACAACUCCCUGGCUCCCUUUCCAUCUGCCUACCCAGGGAAGGAAAUCAGAGCUGUGAGAGACAAGAAUUCCUGGAAGGUAAACCAAGGACACAUCUAAGUACAAGGGCUAUGCCAGUUUCCAGGGGGAGGGGGAAAUGGGAAUUUUUGGCGGGGGGAGAUGGGUGGUGACAGGAAACAAGGUGGUCAGUAUGAGGUCUCUCUUGUCUCAUCUCCUUUAUCUCUGGUCUUUCGUUCACGUGGUUGGAACUGCAGCUGAACCAAGCAGUUCUGUAUUAAAGCAUGAAAGCCACACC